AUGCUAUCUGCUCCUGCGCUGGCUAGCUCCAGUCGAUCGGGCUUGAUAGAGACCGCCAGGGCCAGUUCCCUGCAGCGGAUACUAGUCGUUCCAGGCCAUAGCACGAGUCCCUCCCCGGCACGAUUCUCUCAAGCGUCACAGACUCGACGUUGCUAUAGCACGCAGACUGACUCCCAACUUCAUCCCGCUACAUCAAAAUGGCUCAAUGAAGCCAACCAAGAUACGGCAUUCGCUCAGGACAAGAAGGAGCAGCUCGGAUUGCGAGGACUCCUACCCCCAACCGCCCAGCCUCUGUCCCUGCAGAUCCAGCGUUGUCUCCACCAAUUGAGGAGCAAGCAGACGCCUCUUGGCAAGCAUAUUUAUCUGGCUGCUCUGAGGCAAACAAAUACUCGCCUGUUCUAUGCUAUUCUCAUGGCCAACGGAGAGGAGUGUCUGCCCCUCGUAUACACGCCAGUCGUCGGUGAAGCUUGCCAGAAGUUCAGCAAGAUCUACCGACGCCCGGAAGGCCUGACUCUCACCAUCGAAGACAAGGGCAAUGUAGCUCAAGUGAUCGACAACUGGCCAGUGCCUGCCGGUGCCCCUCGUAUCGCCGUCCUUACCGAUGGCUCUAGGAUUCUAGGAUUGGGCGAUCUCGGCUGGAACGGAAUGGGUAUCAGCAUCGGAAAGCUCUCGCUCUACGUGGCUGCUGCCGGUAUUCACCCUCGAGCUACCAUUCCCAUCUGCGUAGACUUGGGAACCAACAACGAGGAGAAUCUGGAGGACCCUCUCUACCUUGGUCUUCGUCGCAAGAGGGCUUCAUCGGAAGAGUACAGAGAGUUCCUCGAUGAGGUCAUGGAGGCUCUACACCUCAAGUUUCCCAAUCUGAUUGUGCAAUACGAGGACUUCUCGACUGACCACGCCUUUGAGUUCCUGGAGCGCUACCAGAACCAGUACCCUAUGUUCAACGACGACAUUCAGGGUACUGGCAGUGUCGUUCUGGGCGGCUUUGUCGCAGCUGCUCGCGUUAGCAGCAAGGCUUCUGGGCGACCUCUUUCAGACCAAAAGAUUCUGUUCCUCGGCGCUGGAUCCGCCGGCGUAGGUGUUGCAAAGCAGCUCAUGUCCUUCUUCAAGGUACAGGGCCUGUCUGAGGACGAGGCUCGCAAGAGGAUCUACCUGGUCGAUUCGAAGGGACUCGUGACAAAUGACCGUGGUGACAAGCUGCCUGCUCACAAGACGUUCUUCUCACGAGACGACAACAACGGACAGCAGUACAAGAAUCUCAUCGAUGUCGUCGAGUAUGUCAAGCCUACUGCUCUGAUUGGCCUCUCGACCGUAUCGGGGGCCUUUGAUGGCCCUGUUCUGGAGAAGAUGGCCGAGCUCAACAAGCGACCCAUUGUCUUCCCGCUGAGCAACCCCGUCCACCUCUCCGAGUGCACCCACGAGGAUGCCAUCAAGUACACCAAGGGCACUGCCGUCUUUGCAUCCGGAUCUCCCUUUGACGACGUCGAGUACGAAGGCAAGCGCUACAUUGCCGGUCAGGGCAACAACCUCUACGUCUUCCCUGGUAUCGGUCUGGCUGCCGCUCUGGGUAAAGUAUCUAGGGUGACGGAGGAGAUGAUCACUGCCGCCUCCUUCAGUCUGGCCAAUGCCCUCAACGACGAGGAGCGCGCCGAGGGUAGGAUCUACCCUUCGCUCAAGAGGGUACGAGAGGUGUCUCGGGAUGUGGCCAAGGGCGUGCUGCUCAAGGCCAAUGAGCAGGGAGUGGCCAGGGACAAUGGCUACACGAAGAGCUUCACCGAGGAGGACCUGGGCGAGUGGAUUGAGCAGGAGAUGUGGGUUCCCAGCUAUGGCAAGAUGGAGGCUUGA